CGCCCCCGCCCAGCCUGUCCCGGAGCAAGCCGGUCGCGUCUGCAACGCGGUCUCCUCCGCUCGCCAGCGCCGCCAACUUCAGGGCAGUAGGCCUGGCCAUGGGGGUGCCUCCGGGCCGGAUCACGUAGCCGCCGCGCCUCGAGAACCAACGCAGCCCUCCCUGCGUCCGGGCCAUGGUCGGCCGCGGCGCCUCCUUGUGUGCGGUGCAGCCCGCGGUGGCUGAGUGCGGUCCGGCACCAGAGCCCCAGCCGCUGGAGGUAUCCCCGCGCAAGAGGCUGCCCGCCGGGCUGGACCAAGACCCAUGCAGCAGCAGCCGCCCUGCUCCGGAGGGCGCUGGGGCCAGCGCAGAGCAGGGCCACUCGGCCGGCGGGGGCGGUUGGUGCCGCCACUGCCACACAAAGCUCGUGGAACUCAAACGACAGGCGUGGAAGUUGGUCAGCGGGCCCGGGACUCCCCUCCGAGAUCCUUGCCUCUCCACCCUGCUCCUUGACAAGCUCCCAGCGUCUGGGGUUCAGCCGGCGUGCCGCCCUGACGCGGAGAGUCGCUGUGACGUCUGCACCACGCACCUGCACCAGCUCACUCGGGAGGCGCUGCGCCUGUUACAGACCCCCGCCAGCCACGAGGACCCUGAUGCUUCCCGAGGAGGCCUUGUGGCUCCCAGCCUCAGGGACCCCCCUGGGCCGGUGGGCCUCACAGGGAGGCAGCCCCCUGUGGGGCCUGACAGGAGGAAGGCAACAGCGUGGCCACCCGGCCCCAGCGUCCAGGUGUCCGUAGCACCAGCAGGCCUUGGGGGAGCGUUGAGUACUGUCACCAUCCAGGCCCAGCAGUGCCUGGAGGGUGUGUGGAGCCUCUCAAGGGUCAACAGCUUCUUGCCACCCACCUGCCUGGCUGAGGCGGCUGUAGCUGCUGUGGCUGUGGCCGACACCGUCCGAGACUGUCCCCCGACAGCAGGUGCUGAGCGUAUGUCUAAGGCGUGGGGCCGAGGUGCUUGUACUUCAGCCCUGGUUACCCCAGCCCCGGGCACCUCAGCGGGGGGCUCCACAGGCCCAUCUGCGGCAGCCUCUUUCUUUAUAAGGGCUGCCCAGAAGCUCAGCCUGGCCUCCAAGCGCAAGAAGCAUCACCCGCCACCUGCACCCACCACUCGAGGCACGUCCACCUACCCCACGGACUUCAGUGGCACUCUACAGCUGUGGCCGCCCCCGGUGCCCCCCUGCCUGCUCAGGGCUGCCUCCAAGGCCAAGGAAAACCCCAGCAGCUUCGGAAAGGUAAAGGUUAUGCUGCGCAUCUGGCCAGCACAAGGAGUCCAGCGCUCAGCCGAGUCCACAUCCUUCCUGAAGGUGGACCCGCGGAAGAAGCAGGUGACUCUCUAUGACCCCGCUGCUGGGCCUCCAGGCUGUGCAGGCCUCCGGCACAACCCCACAGCACCAGUCCCCAAGAUGUUUGCUUUUGAUGCCAUCUUCCCCCAGGACUCGGAGCAGGCUGAGGUCUGCUCAGGGACUGUGGCUGACGUGCUCCAGUCUGUGGUUGCUGGAGCUGAUGGCUGUAUUUUUUCCUUUGGCCACAUGAGCCUUGGCAAGUCAUAUACCAUGAUCGGGAAGGACAGCUCACCUCAGAGCCUGGGUGUCGUGCCCUGUGCUAUCUCCUGGCUCUUCAGGCUCAUUGAUGAACGCAAGGAGAGGAUGGGCACGCGCUUCUCCAUCCGCGUGUCCGCUGUGGAAGUGUGCGGCCAUGACCAGAGUCUUCGGGACCUGCUCGCCGAGGUGGCUUCAGGCAACCUUCAGGACACCCAGUCCCCGGGCGUGUACCUUCGCGAGGACCCCGUGUGUGGGGCACAGCUCCAGAACCAGAAUGAGCUGCGAGCCCCCACAGCAGAGAGGGCAGCCUUCUACCUGGACGCAGCCCUGGCAGCCCGCAGCACCAGCCGUGCCGGCUGUGGGGAAGACGCCCGGCGUAGCUCCCACAUGCUCUUCACGCUGCACGUAUACCAGUAUCGUGUGGAGAAGUGUGGCCAAGGAGGAAUGUCUGGAGGUCGUAGCCGCCUGCACCUUAUCGACCUGGGCAGCUGUGAGGCAGCCCCGGGCAGAGGUGGGGAAGCUUCGGGAGGACCCCUGUGUCUGUCGCUCUCAGCUCUGGGCAGUGUCAUCCUGGCCCUGGUCAACGGGGCCAAGCAUGUGCCCUACAGGGACCACAGGCUCACCAUGCUGCUUCGGGAGUCCCUGGCUACUGCCAACUGCAGGACCACUAUGAUCGUGCACAUCUCGGACUCACCAGCCCACCACGCAGAGACACUCAGCACUGUGCAGCUGGCCGCCCGCAUCCACCGCCUUCGCAGGAAGAAGGGCAAGUGCGCCUCCAGCUCCUCGGGAGGGGAGAGCUCCUGCGAGGAGGGCCGGGCCCGCCGACCCCCGCACCUUCGGCCCUUCCACCCGCGUCCUGUGGUGCUGGACCCCGACCGCUCGGCUCCUGGCCUGUCUGGCGACCCUGACUACUCCUCCAGCAGUGAGCAGUCCUGCGACACGGUCAUUUAUGUGGGUCCUGGUGGGGCAGCGCUGUCAGACCGUGAGCUCACUGACAACGAGGGCCCGCCUGACUUUGUGCCCAUUAUCCCCUCGCUGAGCCGCCGCAGGCCCUCUGAGGGACCCCGGGACGCCGACCACUUCCGCUGCAGCACAUUUGCGGAGCUGCAGGAGCGGCUGGAAUGCAUAGAUGGUAGCGAGGGAUUCCCUGGCGCCCAGGGUGGCUCUGAUGGAGCCCAAGCCAGCCCCGCCCGGGCAGGCAGGAAACCCUCGCUACCCGAGGCCACAUCCCCCAGGAAGGCUGUGGGUCCCCCAAUGGUCAGCAGUUCCCCUCGAGGCGGCCCUGCACAAGAUACUCACCGGAGCACCUCAGAGUCCUCUAAGACUGGCUCCCAAGGUGAUCAGAGACUAGAUGGGACCCUGCCUGAGCCACCUGCCGCAGACAAGACCUCGGGAGGUGGAGGCAGGAGGCCGUUGCCCAGUCCAGCCCCUCCACCACCUCGGCAGCCAGAAGCUCGGGGUGUCCCCACAGAACCUGGGGGAGAAGGCCCUGACAGUGCGAUGCGGACACCCCCUGUGGGCAGGAGUGGGCAGGUGGCCUCGUCCCCACUGCUCUCGGACACAGCAUAUCCUUGCCCGUCUGCUCGAGGGCGCCAUCUGGAGAGGGGCCUGCUGACCACCACAGUGACCCUGCAGCAGCCCGUGGAGCUGAAUGGCGAAGAUGAGCUGGUGUUCACGGUGGUAGAGGAGCUCCCUCUAGGUGGACUUGCAGGGGCCACCCGGCCCUCCAGUCUGGCCAGCUUGGGCAGCGACUGUUCCCUUCAGGCCUUGGCCUCAGGCUCAAGGCCGGUCAGCAUCAUCAGCAGUAUCAAUGACGAGUUUGACGCCUAUACCUCGCAGGUGUCUGAGGGCCCGGGAGACCCUGGGGAGCUCCCAGAGGGACCGGCAUGGGCUGGCGGCAGUCCAGCCUCAUCCAUCGGCUCCUGGCUGAGUGAUGUCAGCGUCUGCCUGGCUGAAAACCGCAGUCCCACACCACAGCCUCCCUUCGGCCCUGACUCUGCAGCAGGGCCGGGUCCACCGGAGUUUCCUACCCCAAGUGGCUCCCUAGAGGACAGCAAGGUCAGGUCCUCAGAGUGCGGAAGACCAGACAAUCCCGGCUCAGCCCGGAGUGCCCACCCUGGGGAGGCAGUCGUAACUCAGAGCCGACCUGGCAGAGAGCUUUGGGCCGGGUCCCUGAAUGACGCAGCCUCAGUCCAGACCAUCCACUCCAGCCUCCCCCGGAAAACCAGGACUACCUCAACCACCAGCCGUGCUCGCCCCAGCCGGGGUCCUUACAGCCCUGGAGGCCUGUUUGAGGACCCUUGGCUACUCCGGGCAGAGGACUGUGACACACCCCAGAUAGCCACCAUGGGCGGGGCCCCAAGCCCAAGCCCAGGCUCCCCUAGACUGCCUGACACUCAGAUGAUGCUGGCUUGUGCCCAGAGAGUGGUAGAUGGAUGUGAAGUGGCGGCCAGAGUGACGCGGAGGCCAGAGGCUGUGGCUCGGAUCCCACCUCUGCGGAGGGGAGCCACCACGCUGGGAGUGACCACACCCGCUGCAUCCUGUGGGGACCCUUCAGCAGAGGCAGUGGUCCAUUCAGGAAGCCUCAAGACCACCUCCAGCAGUAGGAAGAACGUAUCUCCCAAGGGGGCUUUCUUUCCGAGGCCUAGCGGGGCAGGGCCCCCACCUCCACCUGUGCGCAAGUCUAGCCUGGAGCAGAGCACGGCCCUCGUCCCUACCCAGGCCUUGGGGCUGACCAGGACGGGGGCUACUUCUGCCUUCCGAGGGGAGGAGGAAGCCAGGCCCAGUGGUCGGACUGAUUACUCUGUCCCCAAGGCCACAUCCAGCCUGAAAGCCCGAGCUGGCAAGAUGGAGGUGGCACAGCGUCCCACUGGCCACAUGUCCCUGGAGCGGUGCGAGGGUCUGACACAUGGUAGCAGCAAGUCCAGAGAAGUUCCAGGACGUCCACCGAGGGCUGUGCCCAGGCUGGGUGUACCACCUACCAGUCCCCCACUUGGAUCGGCUUCUGCCUCUAGGAGCAGCCCAGCUAAAAGUGUUGGAGCAGCCAAGCCUCCAGCUGGUGGGCCGAAGGGCCGUAAUCUGGGGGCCAGUACGUCUCGGGCUCUGGGUGCCACAGCGAAGCCACUGGCCCCCAUGGCAGGCAAGACAACCAGUGGGCCCGUGCCAGGACCCCGAACCGCUCCACGGGCUGUGCCUGGCAUUGGGGCCAAGGCGGGCCGGGGUACCAUCAUGGGCACUAAGCAGGCAUUCCGGGCUGCCCAUAGCCGUGUCCACGAAUUGGCAGCCGGUGGGUCUCCUGGUAGAGGUGGCCUCUCCUGGGGCUCCACAGACUCGGACAGUGGCAAUGACAGUGGUGUGAACCUGGCGGAGGAGCGGCAGCCCAUGAGCCCCGCCCUGCCAUCCCCCUACAGCAAGGUGACCGCCCCACGGAGGCCCCAGCGCUACAGCAGCGGCCACGGCAGUGACAACAGCAGCGUGUUGAGUGGGGAGCUCCCCCCUGCCAUGGGCCGCACGGCACUCUUCUAUCACAGCGGUGGCAGCAGUGGCUAUGAGAGCAUGAUCCGAGACAGCGAGGCCACCGGCAGUGCCUCCUCAGCCCCUGACUCCAUGAGUGAGAGCGGAACAGCCUCCCCGGGUGCCCGCUCCCGCAGCCUCAAGUCCCCGAAGAAGAGGGCCACAGGUCUACAGAGGCGGAGGCUGAUCCCGGCCCCUCUACCUGAUGCUGCUGCCUUAGGCCGAAAGCCCAGUCUUCCUGGGCAGUGGGUGGACUUGCCUCCGCCCCUGGCUGGCUCUCUGAAGGAGCCUUUUGAGAUCAAGGUGUAUGAAAUAGAUGAUGUGGAACGCCUGCAGCGGCGCCGUCUGCCUCCGAGGGAGGACGAAGCCAAGCCGUCCCAGGAUAUGGAGAAGGGCCCAGUGUGCAUCAGCUCCAAGCUGCGGCUAGCAGAGCGCAGGCAGCAGCGGCUGCAGGAAGUGCAGGCAAAGCGUGACCACCUCUGCGAGGAGCUGGCUGAGACCCAGGGCCGGCUGAUGGUAGAGCCCGGGCGCUGGCUGGAGCAGUUUGAGGUGGACCCAGAGCUGGAGCCGGAAUCAGCUGAGUAUCUGGCGGCCCUGGAGCAGGCCACGGCGGCCCUGGAGCAGUGUGUUAACCUGUGCAAGGCCCACGUCAUGAUGGUCACCUGCUUCGACAUUGGCGUUGCUGCCACCGCUGCUGUACCUGGGCCGCAAGAGGUGGAUGUGUGAGGCUGAGCACAGGACGUAGGUGGGGUAUGCAGGGCAGGGGGUACAAGGACCGGAUGUGCGAUGGAGUGAGGAUGUGGAGGGGGUUGGCGGGAUGAAGGCACAGGGUCUGUGCAGGACCAGGGGAUCUCAGAGAGGAGACAGAGGGUGGGGUAGGGGAGGGCCAGCCAGCGGGGAGAGAGAGCAUGGAGAUGGAAAGACCGUCACCACCCAGGCAGCCACGCAAGUGCCUUUAACUUUGAGUAGGCCUUUUCUCCUUUUCUAAUUUGGUGCUACGGACUCAAGACAGGACUCAGACACCAGCAGACAGAGUCUCAGCCUAGGUGGCUGUGGCCACUCUGGCCAGGCUAAAGCCAGUUUGUUUGAUUUUUUUGCCUUCCUUACCACUAAGCAGUUCUGUGUAGCAGGGCAGGCCUGUCCCGGGCCAGCUUUCUUUUAGGAUUGGGUUAAUUUUCCUUGCCAGCAGCUUUCUCUUGGCAGUCCACAUGAGUGGACACUGUAGCAGUGUGUCCUCUGAGUGUGGCAGCUAGCCUCCAGUCCCUUCCCUUCCUUGAGGACACCAAAGGCCACAAGCAAGGGCUGGGCCAUGAGCACACAAUGUUUUCUUCCACGGCAGGAAUUCUUACCAAAACCACAAGCAAAAAAACAAAAAACAUUGAGCUAAACCGCCGCUGACAAAGACGGGGUGUGACUUUUUGUAAAAGUUCUGUUAGCUUCAUAUUUUUGUAUCAUUUUGCCUAUAAACAUAGAAUUUGCAGUGGGAAUUUGAAGACAAAUGAUCUAAGUUUUUAUGGUUUUCUACAGGUAUUCCUAGGUCGGGGGCUCUUGGCAGCUGUGGGGGGCAGGCUUUUUCUGGGGGCGGGGGGGUGGUCUGUGGUGUUCUUUUCAGAUGCGGACGAGGGGUGAGCCUGCCAGCCUGUGGUGUGCUGUACACGCAGGUUCAUGCUUUCUGACCGCUGUGUAUUUUAUAGGCGUCCAGACCUUUGUACAAACGUGUAGAUAACAUCCUGCGACUGUUUUUAUUUGUGAAUAAAAGAUGUGUUGAUUGUU